AGCCACAUUGGAUAAAGUGACUGCGCUUACGGGAGUGAGUAAAGAAGCAAUAGACCGCUGAUGCGUAAGCAACUGUACAAUGAAUUUAAAUAUUUACUAAAUUACAUAGUAAUGAUAAAAUUUAUCAUAGAAAGCUGGCAAUUAAAAAAGAUAACAGUACAAUAUAAAUAGUAAAAUAAAAUAAGGUUUUCAAAAGAAAGUUCAAUUUCUACAUAUCAAUGAAAAAUAACUUUAAAGUAGGAAAAAAGCCGCUGUUUUGGCUAAAUUUGUCAUACAAUGAAUACACAACUAUCGUGACGUUAUUGAACGCACCCAUUGUGACACGGCUUUUCGAAUGACACAAAAUAAACACUCUUGUCAAAUAGUCCGUACCAUAUCAACAUUUAUUAUUUGAUUUUUUUUUGUCAUUUUUUCCAUUAAAUUAUUGGAUAAAAUAAAUUUUCAAAGAGAUGAGUGGAUUAUAUGGAACAACGUUAAGUGUUGAAUCAAUCAAAGUUAUUGCGGAAAGUAUUGGAUUGAAUGCACUGCCCGACGAUGCAGCAAAGGAACUCGCCGAUGAUGUAUCGUACAAACUAAAACAAAUCGUUCAAGAUAGUGCAAAAUUUAUGCAUCAUGCGAAGCGACAAAAACUCUUAAUAUCGGAUAUUGAUCAUUCGCUUAAAACUCGUAACAUUGAACCACAAUAUGGUUUUGUUUCACACGAUUUCAUUCCUUUUCGAUUUGCUUCGGGUGGAGGUCGUGAGCUGCACUUCAUUGAAGAGAAGGAAUUGGAUUUGAAUGACGUGAUUCAAGCACAACCCCCAAAAGUGCCUCUGGAAGUAUCGCUGAGAGCGCAUUGGCUUUGUGUGGAUGGUAUUCAGCCAACAAUACCUGAGAAUCCUCCACCUUUAUCGAGAGAUAAUCAAGCACAGGAUUCUGUAAAUCCCGUAAAGAAACUUGAUUCGAAUGUCAAGAAGGAUGUGGCUGGCAAACCGACCACCGGCAAACUACAAAAGUUCAAAAAUGCUGAAACUGUCCACGUUAAACAAUUGGCAACGCACGAAUUGUCGGUGGAACAACAAUUGUACUACAAGGAAAUCACAGAAGCAUGCGUUGGCUCAGAUGAACCUCGCCGAAUAGAGGCUUUACAAUCAUUAUCAUGUGAUCCAGGUCUAUAUGAAUGUCUCCCGAGAAUGUGCACCUUCAUUGCCGAAGGUGUGAAAGUAAAUGUGGUGCAAAAUAACUUGGCCCUUUUAAUAUAUCUCAUGCGAAUGGUUAAGGCCCUUUUGGAUAAUCCAUCACUUUAUUUGGAGAAAUAUUUACACGAAUUGAUUCCAUCGGUUGCGUCUUGCAUCGUUUCUCGGACUUUAUGUUUGAGACCCGAAGUAGACAAUCAUUGGGCACUAAGAGAUUUCGCUUCACGACUAAUGGCCACCAUAUCAAAGAAUUUUAAUACGUCAACGAAUAAUUUGCAAACACGUAUCACCCGACUGUUCAGCAAUGCCUUGCAAAAUGAUAAGACGCAGUUACCAUCGCUAUACGGAGCUAUUGCCGGUUUGUCUGAGCUCGGAAGUGAAGUAAUCAAAGUGAUUAUUGUGCCUCGCUUGAAAUUUAUUUCUGAUCGAAUUGAGCCCCAUCUAAUUGGAACGGGCGCUAGUAAUAAUGACAAAUUAACGGCCGGCCACAUUAGAGCUAUGCUACAAAAAUUGUGUGCACCAGUUUUAAAGACAAUCAGAAACCCACCAGACGUUUUGGACGAGUACAAACGAGAUUACGGCUUCCUUGGAAUCCCACUUCAACAAGCUGUUUUCAAGGCACGCAAUGCACCUCCACCGCCACCAACAUCGUCUUCGUCAACCGACCGAAGCUAUACAACGGGCAUUGCUCAAAGCACAGCUGGAACUACAGUUAUCAAUCCGAUCACCGCAACACCAGCUGUUUCUCAACGUCAACAGAUAACUCCGCGCAUCACGUAAGAUUCCUGCAAUUAACAGAGUGUGAAAAAAGUGUUUGUUCCUAUUAGUUCUUAACGUAUAUAAGAAAAAAGGCAAAUCUGUACGUAAGAAAACGCACUUUUUCCCAUACUCUGUUUAAUUAAUAUUUAGUGAAUUAUCGAAGCUGCUC